AUGCUCGACUGCUUCGAGUGGGGGGAGCCGCCGGCCGAGUGCGCGGCGGCGGUCGAGCACUUGCGCGCAGCCAUCGCCGAGGGCGACGCGCGCUUGGACGUGCAGCGGCGGCGGCUGCUGCUGCGCUUCUUCACGGGCCUCAACGCGCUGCCUGUCAACGGGCUCUCGCGCAAGCAGCCGGGCCGAGCGCUGGAAAAGCUGCUAGUGGCGCUCGACUCGUUCGAGGCGGACCCGAGCUUUGGCCAGGGAGAGCUGGUGCUGCAGUGCAACCGAACUCUCAUGCCGGUCAUGGUCGUGCACGACCCGACGGUGCCCGGGAUUACACAGCGCGCGCGGUCACCGAAAAAGCGCAUCGUCACAACAUCAAGCAAGCUCACAAAACUCAAACGCAGGAUUCGGGGUGCCUCGGGCGGCCGCUGCGCGCGCAUACGGAAUGGUGGCUAA